CAGGUAUAUUGUGGCUAACCAGCACUAAAAACAAAUGGCCGAAUUAGUUUUGGUAAGAAUCUCCUUGAAAUUAGUAUGGGGACUGAUCGCUAAUCGAGCGAUCGCUAGAUUGGAAACUGGAAACCCAACCGAUGAGAAGUUAAGGCAACUCUUAUUGAGCGAAUUCCGCAAACUUCAUGAGGAACUCGAUGCCUUGAGACGGAAAGAGCUUGUAGCUGCGGUAGCGUUAAUGGAGAACGCUUACGAAAUCUUGAACGAUGACCCAGGAGAAGCAAGAAAAGAGUUCAACAAAGCGAGAGAUGCAGCUCAAGUUGCCCUUGGCGUGGUGAAGGAGUUGAACGACAAAAUCUUGGCAACUAAAAUCAUGAUCGCGUCUGCCAUUCACGAGUUUGUUGCGAAACCUGACGUCGCUGCCUCUUUGUGUAUGAAGUACGUAUCUCGCCUGAACUCCCUUCCUAUGGUCGCGAACGCUUCUUGUGCUCAGAUUUCACAGAAAAUGGGUACAAAAUGGCGUUGGGGAGGCAACGAGGCAAGGCAGGAAAUGCUGGGUAAAAUUUCGGAGGUUAACCGUUGUGUCUGGCAUUUUGUCACAGAUCAAACCAGCAGUAGUAAAUAUUUAGAGAGUGAAUGCUCGCAUAUCAAUGUCGAAGGAAGACUGGUGAACCCCAUGACGGACUUCAUCCUGUUACGUAGUCAUGUGGAGCUCACUACUUUGAAAGAGGGUUUUGGUACGCCCAUUAGCAUGGUAGUCGUGGAGAACAAGAUGUUCUUCGCUCAGACGCAAGUUGCCGCCUCAGGCGAAAGUGAUGCUUUUCUUAGCAAUGCCAUCAAAUCUUUAGAUCUGGAAACUGGUUCUGUGUCAGAGUUGGUUGGCCAUGCAGGGGUCGUCUUAUGCCUAGCUGUGGCUGGGUGCCAUGUGGUUUCUGGAUCGUUUGACAAGAAUAUCCUUAUUUGGGAUGCAAAAUCCUGCAAGUGCUUGCACAUUCUGACUGGUCAUCAAGGGUCAGUCAAGUCAUUAGCAUUGAAUGACUUGCACAUAUUCUCUGGUUCCACUGAUUGUACCAUCAAGGUUUGGGACAGGGUCACAUUUGAAUUACACCACACCCUUGAGGGGCACAAUACACCCAUUUCAGCCUUGGCUGUUUCUAAUCGGCAUUUGUUCUCCACUGAAGUAAAUGGACCAAUCAAGUAUUGGGACUUGAAGAAAUUCAUAUGCCUGCAUGAUAUCAAAUCCCCUCAGAAUGUUACCCAAAUGCACAUCUUGAACAGCAAUUUACUUGUGGCAUUUGAUCAGAAACUGUCAGUCAUCAAUUUGGGAAACUUAAAAGAAGUUGCUGUUUCUAAACACCCAGCAGAACUCUCCCUGACUAUUGGAAGAAAUCUUUGCACAGCAUCAGAAUCCACUCUGUCAUUACUGGAUUUACUUAACAUGAAAAUCAUUGGAUCAAAGGCUUUUGAAGUUAGAGAAGCACCAUACAAUGUCAAGUGCAUGUAUUAUGAUGAGAUGGCAGGCUUCUUGUAUGUCACUGCUUUGUGUACCACAGCCAACUCCAGGGAAAAAUAUGUUGUAUUUAGACUUUAGUCUAGACCUCCUUCAACUCAUCACUAAGUGAAUUUGUAAUUUCAGUCUUCUAAUUGCAGAAAUUUAAAAAUGAUCAAAUAGGAUUUUCAUUUGAUAAGCUUACUUGCUAUCUUUUAACCUUAAUGGCAAAAGAUUUAAACUAAGUGCAGUCCUUACUAUUUGGCAAAGUCCAUGUAGGAGUCACCAAAAAUUAGCUUUUUUUUCUUAACUUGCUUUUUGGACUUCACCCAAAUAGGAGGGGCUUGCCUAUAGUCUAGAAGAAAACAUACAGUGAGGUGUUCAUCAGCAGACUACUUUUACAGACAUAAUUCCAUAAAGUGCAGAAAUUUGCUGCUUGGAUCAUUUUAUACAGUUACUGUAAUUCCUUUGAGUUUUUUCAAGAAAAUAAGAGACAUCAUGUGGCCAGUGAGAUUUUGUAAAUUUCCACUCUCUUAGGUGUAACUUUCAACUUAGAAUUCACUAUUUUCAAGCUCAUGUAAAAACUUAAAAUGUUGAAAUAUUUAUCUUGAUUCAUGUACUAGGUCUAGCUGUUCCAGAAUCUUUAAAAAAACAAACAAACAAACAAACAAGAAAAGAAAAAGUAAAUAAAACUACAGGAAUUUUUGUUAGGGCCACUUGCAAAAUUUCUUUGUGACGGCUGAUUACUAACUAGAUGAAUCAGACCAGUGAAAAUCAUGGGAAGUUUUUUCUAUUUUAAUGACAUUUUCAUUGUGAUGUUCCUUCUAGAGUAGUCAAUUGUGCUCUCUACAGCAACUGAAAUUACUUUCAACCGGUUAGAAUACCUUUACAUGAUACAAUAAACAACAGAUAUUGCAAAAAUAAUCAAACUAUAAAUUAUGUUUAUUAGUAACCUUACAACUUUCAGAGUUAGCUUUCUUGAUUGUUUUGAAGGAGAAUUAAAUUGAUCUGACCAGUGUAAGAGAUGUUCUACAAGAUAUUUCUAUAGUCUGUGAUAAUUACAAUUGAUCAAUAUGGGUGCUAAAUUUUCCAUCAAUGAAGCAGUUUAAGACCUAAUAUUUAAUUAUUCAUAGCAAACAAAUUGCAAAUUUCUCUCUCUUUAAGAGAAUACAGAGUAUGAAAAAAUAAAA